ACUGCACAAAGUCGUCUGUGAGCAAGACUUUUGGGAUAUGCAGAGUCAAAAACUCAGAUAAACCCUGAAAUAUUUAUUUAGGAAGCUACAGUCAUACUAAAUAUACAACUGUAACUAUAACAGCGAGUUAUCUGACGAUGUAUUUCCGUCAGAUUUUGCGGACACAGUUCGUCAGGACUCGAUCUGCUCACGUCAACCGUUUUCUCCGUGUGUGUGGAGCCGAGGUAUCUGCUGCAAAAAUAAUAUUUCUCAGCUACACUUUAUUUUCGUUAACUUCGGCUGAGCAUUUUGACAACAACUGUCCUACCAGGCCUGGUGGUGGCUGCGGGGAACCUGCAGAGUCCCACCACCAACAGAGACCGCUGUGCACCAAAAGUGACGAGGUGAGGCUGGCAGAGGAGGCCAGUAAGAAGUAUGGGUCCCCAGCUCCAACCAUCUUCUCCAAAGUGAUUGACAAAAGCAUCCCUGCUGAUAUCAUCUAUGAGGAUGAGAAGUGUUUGGCAUUCAGGGAUAUCAGCCCGCAGGCUCCUGUUCACUUCCUGGUUAUUCCAAGAGUCCCUAUUCCCAGAAUAAGUGAGGCCAAAGAUGAUGAUGCAGAGCUCCUAGGACAUUUGCUGGUUGUUGCCAAAAAUGUGGCGAAGCAAGAAUCUCUCAGUGAGGGAUACAGAGUGGUGAUCAAUGAUGGAAAGCACGGUGCUCAGUCAGUUUACCAUCUUCACAUCCACGUCCUGGGAGGAAGACAGAUGUCCUGGCCACCAGGAUAAUAGUUUCAUCUGUCUUUUAAUGUGUCUGUUUGUCUUCUCAGGCGACUUUUUUGUGUUUAACCCCAACAGGCAUGACAUGAUAAUAUAAUGGGUGUAGUUAAUUUUCUCAUCCAGUCACUCUGUGCAAAAACUCACUUCAACUUGCAAAAAAUAUGACGUGUAAAUAAUGCUGAUCUUGACAAAUGUAAAAAAUUAAAUGUGAAAAAUUGAGAUAUUAUGUAUCAUAAGGCUUCAAAUAAAGACAUUAUUUAUAAUAUGGAAACUU